CCUGUGCCUAUUUCAAGGAGCCCGUCGUGGGUUUCAGAUCUCCUAGUGCAACCCAGUCCGUCGGACAGACCCGCCAGCCUUCCAAGCUGCCAAGUUCUCCCUCCCAACUGCGUCCAAAUCCGACCGAUUGGCUAUUGUUGCAGCUCUGUCGCGCGCCCUGGACCAGCCCUUUUAAUUCCUGCACAUCUCCCCCUCCCACACCCACGCAUCUCGUCCCCCUCCCACGCCGGAAGCAGCCAUUCUCCUACGACGUCCGACCCAGUCACUGCCAUUCCUCCCUCUCUUUGGGGAACAUUGCGCACCGCGCAGGCCUUUAUGCAUUCUGGUGCUCACCAUGGCUGAGACCUUUGAGCUAAUGCGGGUGUGCUCAGUGGGCGGAAACGCGGUCUCUGCCUUUUUAUCAUGGAGACUACAGGCUACCAAUGCCUGCGAUGUUACACUCGUCUGGAAAUCCGGCUUCGAAAGCGUCUCCCAGUACGGUAUCUCCUUCCGGUCAGCGUCUUUCGGCAAUGAGAGGUUCAAACCCAGGCAUGUGGUUCAAACGCCAGAAAGUGCAUCGCAAGUCAGAGAAGGCGCCUUCGACUAUGUCAUAUUGUGCAUUAAGGCUCUCCCAGACGUAUACGAUCUCGCCUCCGUCAUUGACUCGGUUGUCACACCCCAACACACGUGCAUCUUGAUCAACACAACCACGACUCUCGGUGUCGAGGCUGCCAUUGAAGAGCGCUUUCCUACGAAUGUCGUUCUAUCACUCGUUUCCAACGCCGAGCUCACACAGCUAGGAAGCAGCGAAUUUGAACACACCGGCUCAACCGAGAUGUGGGUUGGACCUGCGAACAAAAACAGCAACAUCCCUGUCUCUAUCCAGGAGGACAUGGCGGAAGCUUUGGCCAUGACGCUCAGCACUGCCAGGGUUGACUGCAAGGUGUCGAAGAACAUUCGCCAACAACAGUUCGAGCGAGUCAUCGGCCCCAUCGCCUUCCACCCUGCCAGUGUCAUGUUCGACACGGCAUCGCACAGCGCGCUACUAGAGAAGACGGGAGUGCGGCAGCUCGUAUCGGACGUCAUCGACGAGCUCGUCUCGCUCGCUGCCGCCCAGGGCUGUGAGCUGCCACCCACCUUCAAGGAAGACACGAUCAGAGAACAGACCCAGCAAUCAGAAACCACUAGCAUCAUGUGGCAGGACUAUGUGGCGCGUCGGCCGAUGGAGGUAGAGACAUAUCUCGGUUCGCCCAUCAAGCUUGCACAAAGCUCGGGCAUCAAGUUGCCUCGCAUCGAGACUCUGUACGCCAUAUUCCACAACCUGAACAUCGUAAAUCAGACGAAGCCCAAGGAAGCCCCAGUGGGCUAUGGACCACCCGCGCCAGGGUCCCCGACGACACAGGCACCGAUGCCUCGCAUGCCAAACGGCCCACCUCGCCCAAUGAUGAACGGUAUGCCCAAUGGGCAAGGUGCCGGACCACGGCCUCCGGGGCCUCAGGGUCGCCCGCGAAACUCGUCGAACUAUUCAGCACCGCCACCCGGCAUGCGAAGACCUCCUCAAAUGAAUGGGGGACCGCCUCCCAAUGGCUUCAGACCCCCUAUGAAUGGUGGCCCAAACGGCUACCCCGGUUCUCGCCAAGCUUCGAGGCGCGGAUCUCUCGAGGAACAUGACCUCGAGGAAUUCAGCCACCUCGUGAUGUAUGGCGAGGAUGGCGCGGAUCCAGCAGAUGCGGGUAUCCUCUCAAUUCGUGAGCGCGAGCUGCAACUUCGCCAGCGCGAGCUCGCACUGAAGGAGCAAGAGAUGAGAAUGCGGCGCGGGCCACCACCUCCUGGAGGACCGAGACGGCGAGGCCCUCCCCCCAUGCGAAACGGCCCCAUUGAUGAUGACGACGAGGAAGAUGACUAUUUCGACCCAAACUCAGCAACGACCCCCAUGAUCGAUCCCGACAACUUUGACAUGAUGAGUGUCACUUCCCGCAAGAACCGUGGCAAGGCACGGCCGGCUCAGCAAGGCGGCGGCCGCCCGCACUUUGAUGGCAUGGAAGGUGCCGCCGUCGCUUCUGCUCGCAACAGUCGUGGCUGGCGACCAGGUUUUGCUAGAAACCGUUCCAGCCAGGUCAUGGACUCGUCUAUACCCAACCUGCAUGACAACAUUCUCGACGAUCCUCUCAUGAGCUGCUCGUCGAAUCGCUACGGCAAUGUUGAUCGUGGCCAGAUGCACCAAGGGUCACGGGCCAACUCACUUACUGCGUCGCAUCUGCACGAGUUUGCCGCUGGUGGAGGCAUGAAUGGUGGUUAUCCUCGACGUGCUAGUCAAUCUCCAGGAAACCCAUAUAGCCCGUCUAUCCGCGGCGGAAACGGCAGGCCAUCCCCUCCCAAUGGCUUUGGCGGUCCAGGCGGACCUGGCCGGCCUUCCCCUCCUGACGGCAUGAGACAGCCAGUGCCCCGUUAUCCUCCAGGGAACGGGAAUUCGCUUGCGCCACAACAAGUGGAACAGCGAGUUGGAGUAAGCACUCUUCAACCACCAAAACCCAGAACCGUCCGCAGUCUGACUGGAAGUGCGAGUGCCAGCGCGGAGAGUGGUGAUUCCACACCACAUGACUCCGAGCCCUCUGCCCACAGCAGCCAGAGCAGCCUCGGCGCGCAGCCUGGCCGCCAGUGAGCAGACUUGUACGAGCGAGGGAUCACAACUGGAUCCCCUCGACGUCAGACGAAUAAACACCUGCUGCCACAAAAGGCAUGUAUAUAUCGACGCUCGGGUCGCAAAAGUGCGCCCGCUUGAUUUCUUUGUUUCCGGCA